AUGUGGCUCUGGUUUUUGUGUAUCGCUUUUACCAUUGCCAAAUGCAAUGCUAACAAUAAAACAAAUUCAACUCGCCUGUUCGAUGUUCUUCAACGGCCACAGGAAUAUCAAAACAUUAGUAAAUCAAGUACCCUUGAAUUUCCAUUUGAUCUAGUCGGACAAAUAACUCAUGUUAGUAUUGAUACAUUAACUAUACGAACACGACACAAUGGAACAACACGUAUUAAAUUAGCAUGCAUUUAUACAACUAAUAUUUGGAAAGCAGCUUUUUUACGUAAACAUCCUCUUGAGCCACUUACUUACAAACCAUUAGAAGCAUUAGUUAAACCUAAUGAUCUUGUUCGUGUACAUGUUAUCGAUCGUUCAAUACAUUCACCAGGAGCAUACGUUUUUGGUGAAAUAUACAAUAUAGCAAAAAAUAAUUUAAAUAUCAAUAAAGAACUUGUUCGACGUGGUCUGGCUGAAUCAGCGCCAACAACACUUUCGUCAUGUGAUUCAGAAUAUUUCCUUCUCGCUCAAGAACAACCUCAGAAAUCAGAUCUUCGCUUAAUCUCGUCACGUGAUCGCCGUUCAGUUCCACAGCAUUGUUCAUCGCCACGUUCAGAAAUUGAACAAGAAGAAUGUCAACAUGUUAUCGAUGAUAGGCAUUAUAAUUAUAUGACAAUAUUAGUUAGUACGGUUGCUGUUGUCGCUCUUAUUGCAAAUUUUGAAGCUUAA